GUGACACCAUGCCGUCACUCUGCAAACCCACAACAACAGGCAAACCUUUCCUCAUCUGUGUUGCCAACCUAGUCUUCAUCCUCCUCUUCCUCAGUCCCUCCAGUAUCCGAGGGGCUUCGUUAAGGGAGCACAGACUGAGGGGAAGCGAAUCAGACUCCCCAAGAGGAAAUCUCCCCCACGAUGCCAAUGCAGACAUGCUCAAAGCCUUGGAGUACAUCGAGAGCCUCCAUGAGCAAAGCGGCAGAGAUUCAAAGCAGCGCUCGCCGCUCGCUCCAGGCCACAAUGCCACUCGCAUGGAUGACAACGAGAGGCUGCUCGCCAUGCUAAGACUGGGGUCAAAUCUGGGCCAAAGCCAAGUUGAAGAUAAGCUGGAGGAGGAAGAUGAAGACAAGGAGAACAUGGGAAAAGAGGAUAAAAGUGAAGAGUUGCUAGAGGCUGUGCUCAAUGCCCUCCAGCAGACGGAAAAAGACACAGAGCCAGAGUCACUUCACCCCAGCAUGGCCCGCGGAUUUCCCGGUGAAGGAGCAGUGGUGAGAUCAAAGACCGGCAUGUAUCCCAGGUUGUAUCAGAAACAACGUGGUGGAAUUACACCUCACAAGAAGCUACCUCUGAUGUUUGAGGAUGAGGAGGAAGACGAAGAGCAUGAGAGUCCAUUUAAGCGCACCAACGAGAAUGUGGAGGAGAAGUACACACCUCAGAACCUGGCAACCCUGCAGUCAGUGUUUAAGGAACUGGGGAAGUUGACAAGUGCAAAGGCAACGCAUAAACGGCAGCAAGAUGAGGGAUGACACAGAGGCGAAGAUGAGGAAGAAGAAGACAAUAAGGAUGAUGUGUUUAACAUCAGGGAUGCAGCAUACAACGACGGCACAGACUUUGAAGACUGGGAUCCACAACCGGCGGAAGAAGAAGAAGAGGACGAGGAAGAUGAGGAGGAGAGGAACAAUGAACAUGAGGAAAACCGAGGUGUGAACUAUUUUGAUGAUGAAGAUGAGGAAAGUGAGAAUGAAAAAGAUGAAGAAAGCUACUUGAUCAAAAGAUCCUCAAUGUCAGAUCUACAAAAAGAUCAGGAUGACAUUGCUAAUCUGGUGGAUUACUACCUUCUGAAGGUGUUGGAGAAAACUGAAGAGGAAGAGCAGAAACGUGAGCUCGAGGAGGAGAAAGAGAGGACUGAGAGAAGGGUGCCUGAGCACGAAGAAAAAAUAGACCCACGGCUGAUCUACCAGCUUAUUCAGAUCUCCAAGAAAUACCAGAUUCCACCAGAAGACUUGAUGGACAUGAUGAAAAUAUCAAAUCAGGACAAAGCCCUGCUGAGCCAGUCUCGGAAAAAUAGCGAAUUAUCCCGAGCAGAGGACAGGUUCUCUCAGAUGUCCUCAAAGAAGACACACAAGAAUCCUGGCUUUAAAUCCUACCACAGACGCCUACCUGAUCGACAAAAUCCUAAAAUCCCAGAAGACCCGAGGAUAGAAGAGAUGUUGAAAAUCCUCGGAUUAGGAGAAAAUAUGGAUCAAGCUCCCCUCUGGAAGCAGAAUCAGCACAAAAGCUCGAUUUCACAGCUUCACACUCUGCCGGCGAAGCCUUCAGGGGAAUAUGCUCCCAUACAAAGGUAUCUUUCCAACAAAUUAAAGCAUGACUAUGAUGACGCCGCAAAUGAGGACGAGCUGGCAGCAUAUCUAGCAGCUGAGAUGCUGGCACGGUAUCCCAAGCAGGCACACAAAACCAAAAUGGGCCAAAAGUGGGAUGAGGCCAGACAGACAGCACCGGGGCUUUUUGAGCAAGCGCUACAGGACUACUUUGAUCAAAUGGACUCGGAUCAAAGCCAAACUCCAAAGAUCCAGUCUAACGUCAGUGAGAAGGACGAUGCCACCCAAAUGCAAGGAUGGGAUAACGAGGCCGUAAUGAAACUGAUGAGCUACAUGAACCCAGAAAGUAAAGAUAACGAAGAUGACGCCAAACCUGCCAAAGAAAUAUAACGUUGACAGUGGAGCUGUACAUACAAACACACAUAUGUUGUUCUGUCGAACAGGGAGGGUUGGAAUAAAGUAUUUUGAAAAACAAGAAAAGAAAGAAGAGUCUGAUUUAGUUCAUCUGUAGCUUUACAAAACUUUGAUUGUGCUCAUAAUUAGCUGGAGAAAUAGUCAUGCUCUUUUUUUUAAAGAAAAAAAAUCCAGGUUUUGUUGCUCCAUGACAGCAGACUCGUACAUGUGACUCACCAGCCGUACACUUCAGUGCAUACAACAAAACCAAUGUUGGGCCCCUUAGAUCCACUUGUGUUUUUUGUACUUAUUUCUUAAAUGUGAUUUUGUGUGACAUAUCUGAGGUUAAUAAAGCAUUGACUUUA